AUGGCUUGCUUAAAUACACUUAAGUUAGAAAUAAAGACUCUAGAACAAGUGUUUCCAAAAAGCCAUGAGCGGUUUCAGAUAAUGUCAGCUAGUGUCGACGAACUGACCUGCAGAUUCGUUGGCAAAAAUGGAAAGAAAUAUGAAAUCCACGCAAAUAUCACGGAGACAUACCCCAACACACCGCCAGUGUGGUUCGCAGAUAGCGAGGACCCUAUUGUCACAAACGCAGUGCAGAUACUCACCAAUACACAAGGAAGAGAUAAUCAUGUCAUAAAUCAGGUGGGUAUACUGUUGAGGGAGCUAUGCAAAUUACACGGCGUCCCAGAACCGCCGGACUUGGACUCUUUAUCACUACCCCUCCACCCAGCACCUCAGCAUAGAGUACCGAGCGUGACGUCUAACGGUGCGGAAUCUGGCACUGAAGAAGAUGAAGAGAUGGCGGCUGAAGAGGACGAGUCUGAGGGUGAGGAUGACUUGCCGCUAGAGAUGGUCGACGAUGCUGGACGCAGCAGCAAGGACGAUAUGGAAACAGAGCACCUAGCAACACUGGAGCGGCUCAGACAGAAUCAGCGGCAGGAUUACCUCUCGGGCAGCGUGUCCGGCUCACUGCAAGCCACUGAUCGUCUAAUGAAGGAGCUACGCGAUAUAUACCGCUCUCACUCCUUCAAGAAUAAUAUGUAUUCUAUAGAAUUAGUUAACGAUUCACUGUAUGAGUGGAAUAUAACACUGCGGUCAGUGGACCCGGACAGCCCACUCCACAAUGAUCUGCUACUGUUGAAAGAGAAGGAGGGCAAAGAUUCAAUCCUCCUAAACAUAAUGUUUAAGGAGACAUACCCAUUCGAACCGCCGUUUGUACGCGUCGUCUAUCCUAUUAUAUCAGGUGGCUACGUCCUGGUAGGCGGUGCUAUAUGCAUGGAGUUGCUAACGAAGCAAGGUUGGUCGUCAGCGUACACGGUGGAAGCGGUCAUAAUGCAAAUAGCAGCCACCCUGGUGAAGGGAAAGGCGCGUAUACAGUUUGGUGCGACCAAAGUGGUAUCCCAGUCGCAAUACAGCCUUGCGCGUGCGCAGCAAAGCUUCAAGUGCCUAGUGCAGAUACAUGAGAAGAAUGGAUGGUUCACACCGCCGAAGGAGGACGGC